CCAGGGUGCACCGUCUUCCUCUCGCCGUCGCCGCCGCAGAGCACAGCUUAGCUGGUCAGAUCGAGGAGCGCGGUCACCCGACGCCUGGGUCUAUGGUCGCUCCGCGGCCCGCUCCGCCGGCUGGUGCUGUUUUAUUAGGGCGCACAGUGCUCCAUGGCAGGGAACUUCUGGCAGAGCUCCCACUAUUUGCAGUGGAUUUUGGAUAAACAAGACCUGUUGAAAGAGCGUCAAAAGGAUUUAAAGUUUCUCUCAGAAGAAGAGUAUUGGAAAUUACAGAUAUUUUUUACAAAUGUUAUCCAAGCAUUAGGUGAACAUCUUAAAUUAAGACAACAAGUUAUUGCCACUGCCACGGUCUAUUUCAAGAGAUUCUAUGCCAGGUAUUCUCUGAAAAGUAUAGAUCCUGUUUUAAUGGCUCCUACAUGUGUGUUUUUGGCAUCCAAAGUAGAGGAAUUUGGAGUAGUCUCCAAUGCAAGAUUGACUGCUGCUGCUACUUCUGUAUUAAAAACUAGAUUUUCAUAUGCCUUCCCGAAGGAAUUUCCUUAUAGGAUGAAUCAUAUACUAGAAUGUGAAUUCUAUCUUUUAGAAUUAAUGGAUUGUUGCUUGAUAGUGUAUCAUCCUUAUAGACCUUUGCUCCAGUAUGUGCAGGACAUGGGCCAAGAAGACAUGUUGCUUCCCCUUGCAUGGAGGAUAGUGAAUGAUACCUACAGAACGGAUCUGUGCCUACUGUAUCCUCCUUUCAUGAUAGCUUUAGCUUCUCUACAUGUAGCCUCUGUGGUACAGCAGAAAGAUGCCAGGCAGUGGUUUGCAGAGCUUUCUGUGGAUAUGGAGAAGAUUUUGGAAAUAAUCAGGGUUAUUUUAAAAUUAUAUGAACAGUGGAAGAAUUUCGAUGAGAGAAAAGAGAUGGCAUCUAUUCUUAGUAAGAUGCCAAAACCAAAACCACCACCAAACAGAAAUUCCAUGAGUGAUUCUCCACUAGUGGCAGGGCCUGAAGCUUCAAGAUGAUGGUGGAGAAGAUAAGGCAAUGAUCCUAUUGCCACAUUUACUGGUAUUUUCAGCUUUAGUUGUUAUUUUAAAUAUUGAAUAUUUUACAAGAAAUUACCAUUUUUUUCUAACUUAAAAAGUUUGCUGUAAUUACGUAUAAUUUUAUGCCAUUGUACAACUUUUUUUUAAAAAAAAUCACCUUUGAUUUUCUUAAAUAGUAGAGGAUUUUAUAUGUUUAAUUUUAUAGGAAACUUGUUCAGAAGAAGCUGUAAUCUAUGUUGAGUGAUACCUGUAAUAACAGUGAUACCCCAUACUCUAAAUUUUUUCAGUGUAUACGGACACUUAACUUUCAGACUGCUUGUUAUGUGUGAAGAUACAAAGUUACAUAUGAAUAAAAACAUAAAAACAAAUGUUAGUCUUCUGGAUUUUAAUUCUUCCACAUCAGUAUCUAUGAUCUGGAAUAUUUUUGUUUUAUAGAGUUAUGCCGCAACAUAGUGAACUUCAGAAAUUAGUUAAGCUUAUCUGUGUGCUAGAAAUGUGUCUUUUAAUUAGUAUAAAAUCUCUUUCUUC